CCGGUGACGUCAAAGCAGAAGCGUUGCGGUAGAGCCCGCUGCAUUCUAGGUGGACAGAAAUGGACUCAGAAAUCAAGGAAGAAGUUCCUAUGCAUGAAGAAUUUAUUUUAUGCUGUGGAGUUGAAACCCAGGUUCUAAAAUGUGGGCCCUGGACUAACCUCUUCAAUGAGCCAAGAGCCAACAAGCCUAAGCUGCUUAUUUUUAUUAUUACAGGUAAUCCAGGUUUUUCUGCCUUUUAUGUGCCAUUUGCAAAGGCUUUGUACUCCUCAAUAAACGGACGCUUUCCAGUUUGGGUUAUCAGUCAUGCUGGGCAUGCUUUCGUCCCCAAAGGCAAGAAGAUUCUUAGAACUUCAGACGAUUCAAAUGCUCAAAAAAUCAGCGACAUCUACGGACUACAAGGUCAAGUGGAACACAAGCUAGCUUUCUUGAGAACUCAUGUGCCAAAGGAAACAAAACUUGUGGUCAUUGGCCAUUCCAUAGGCUGCCAUAUUAACCUUGAGAUUCUGAAGCUUGCUCCUGAACUCCCAAUAAUUCGCUCCUUUCUGCUCUUUCCAACAAUUGAGCGAUUGUCUGAGUCCCCGAACGGCAGGAUCGCCACUCCGCUUCUGUGCUGGCUUCGAUAUGCUCUCUACGUUUUUGCCUACCUUCUACUUAAACCGUGGCCUGAGAAAAUCAAGUCCUUUAUGAUCAGAAUUGCCCUUCAAAUGAUGAACCUACAGAAUGAAUUUUCGGUCCUGAAUGUAUUAGAACCGUUUUGCCUUGCUAAUGCUGCCUACCUUGGGGGCCAAGAAAUGAUGCAGGUGGUGAAGCGAGACAACGAAACCAUAAGGACAUACUUACCUAAGCUUACAUUUUACUAUGGAACUAUAGAUGCUUGGUGUCCAACGGCAUACUAUGAAGACAUAAAGAAAGAAUUUCCAGAAGGAGAUAUUCGACUCUGUGAGAAAAAAAUCCCUCAUGCUUUUAUCCUCCGUUUUCCGCAGGAAAUGGCUGACAUGGUAGCUGACUGGCUAAAGGAUGAUCUGUCCAAAAUCUAAGUCCUGACCUGCAGAAACAUGACUGAGAGCUAGUACAUAGCAGCAGUGGCUGUGCCUUCUCUUAGUAACACCCUUAGUAGAUAAGUGUUCAUUGUUAACGUUUGAUAUUAGACAACAAAAACAAAAAGAACCUCUUGGCUUGUUAUCUGCUCCCAGCUAGCUCCCCAUACCACCGGCUGAAGUAAACACAAUGAAAUACACCACAGGUUUAACAGCACAUUUUCCAAGACUCAGGGAACACAGUGAUCAGUGACCUAAACAAGACCCCUUAUGUUUGCGCAAGAUACCCCAGUGGCACCCUGCAGUUGAUUUUAGUAGGCAGGAUCCUUGUAGACCAAAGGAAGUCUAAAUUUAGUUGAUUUUAAUCCAAUUACCAUGUGGAAUAGGCUCUCCUAGAGGACAUUAUGAAAAACACACUAGGAAAUGUAAAAGAGAGCAGUGAAUAUAAAGUGUAGAGUCAGAUACAUAAGUGUAUGAGAUCAUGAGGACACACAUUCCAGUAGCAGGAAGUGAUGAGUAGUGGAUCUCGGACGUGGACCUGGGUCUCCCUUAAAGACAGAAGCUGAAGAUGAGCCUGGACUAACUUUGAGGUCAUCAGAAUUCAGCUGGCUACCAGCACAGCCUGCGUGCCCCCUGCACCCCGAUACUACCUUGCAGCAUGUCAUGAGCCACAAGCAGAGCCAACAUCAGGGGAGGCACGGCUUGUCUGCAUCUCUGAGAAGCUUCCCGGAGGAGUGAGAUUUC